AUGAGGACCUCUUUUGAAAUGACAAUGAUGCUGGCCGUGACGGGAGCAACCAAUAUGUGCAUGUUUCCUGCAAUAUACAGUCUCUACCACCGAAAAUAUGUCUUUGAGGCAUUUAUCGGCAUUUUUACAAUGGUGACAAGUUUUAUGUAUCACGUUUGUGACAGCAUCGAUGGCCCCUUGUGGCUAACAGAAGGCCAAUGGCACCGACUUGAUAACGUGGGGUCUAUCAUGAGUUUUAUUAUCUGGAGUAUACACCUCAUGGACCUGCGUCAUCCAGUAUUAGAGAGGUAUGUGCAGUACUUCUUUCUGGCAAUGGUGCUAGUGUUCCAGGAGAAAAACCCAUGGGACGAACUCAAUUCAGUUAUUCCCGUUGCUAGCAGCUUCGCACUGCUCUUGAUUAGUUUUACAUUGAAGAGGCGGGUGCCCCAAUACAAUUUGCAGCAGUUCCGAAGAGGAUUACUAUUGCUACUAUGUGGCAUUGGAUGCUUUGUUCGCGGACUCGAUGACGACAAUGAUCCAUUCCGCUUUUUUCACGGUUGCUGGCAUGGAUUUAUUGGAGCUGCCGCGUACUAUAAUUUUAAGGUGCUACCUGACCAUAAUGACAUGAUCUUGCCUAUUAAAAGGCAAGACUAA